ACCCACCGAAUACACAAGGGCUCUUUCAUCCGACAAUCUCUCUGCAACAAACUACUGUCGCGUAUCAUACCACAGCCCGAGCAUAUAGGCGGCAUGAUCCGUCGACGACGCAAAGCACGAGAGCGGCGAUUGGAAGUCAAGGACGAGCUCCGUGGUUGGAUGGACGAUCUCAAAAGGGAGUGUAGAUUCGAGUUGGCAGCGGUUGGACGUGGACAUUACAAGCGUGAAGGGGAAUAUUAUGGGAGUGCGCAGACCGGAUGGCGUACGUUUACUUUUACUCGUGCACAUACCAUCACGGCCUCGCCAUCUAACGAAGAACGUUUUCGAGAGCCAUACUCGCCUGAAAUGCUACGCGCAGCAAGACGAGCGAGACAACGCAGAGUCGCCAACAAGACACGCGAACGAGACCGAGAGGCGCGAGGGCUGUACUUGGAAUUGACAAUCACACGAAUGCGACAAGGCCCGCCUGCGCACGUCCUUGCGAAGAUGACACCUGAACAACGCAAGUUUUAUCGCAUUGGUCUGGGACCUUCGGAAGGCGGUUAUGCAGCAGCCGUGAAGCUCAAGCUGGGUAUGAAAUUACGGAAACCGAACUUGUCGAAACUGGAAGGUGGACGGACGGAAAAUCAGGCCACGCUCAGGGCGAAGGAGAACGAUAUUAUGGCAGAGAACGAACGAAGACAGCGCAGUGACACUGACGAGGUUGAGCCAUAA